CGCGGGCUUUUCCCUUUUCCCCUCACACGAGUCUCUCUCGCCUUCCCGUCCCCACUCAGCGAUGCCCUUCUCCGAGGCCGUCCUGCAGCCAUCCCCCAGCAAGAGGCAGAAGGGCUCGGUGCCCGGGGAGCCCACCGCACGGCUCCGCUUCACUAAGCUGUCCGAGAACGCCUCUGCCCCCUCCAGGGGCUCUGCUCGGGCAGCGGGCUACGAUCUAUACAGUGCCUAUGACUGUGUGAUACCACCCAUGGAAAAGGCUGUAGUAAAAACAGACAUUCAAAUUGCACUUCCUUCUGGAUGCUAUGGCCGAGUAGCACCACGUUCUGGUUUAGCUGCAAAACACUUCAUAGAUGUUGGUGCUGGUGUUAUUGAUGAGGAUUACAGGGGAAAUGUUGGUGUGGUACUCUUCAAUUUUGGCAAGGAGAAUUUUGAAGUUAAAAAAGGGGAUAGGAUUGCCCAGCUCAUCUGUGAACGCAUUUAUUAUCCUGAGCUAGAAGAAGUUCAAGCUCUAGAUGAUACGGAACGUGGUGAAGGUGGCUUUGGUUCUACUGGAAAGAACUGAAAAUUAUUUGAAUAUGCUUUCUCUUGUGUUGUUGUUGUUUGGGGGUUUUUUUGUUACACUAUUUCUAAGUUUUCAUUUGAAUUAGAAGUGGGAUUUUGGAGUACAUAAAAGUAAA